UUGCAGAAGUCGAAGUCUGAUGAUAUUUUUGUUUCAAAAUGAAAAGAUCUAUAAAUUGUAUCGAUUUACGAGUAUAUUUUCUGUCGAAUUUUUUAAAGAAAGAAAUGCUAACCUUUUGCAUUUCAGGAAAUAUCGUAAUGUAAACUGUUGAAUAUGAAAGGAUCGUGAAACAUUAACAGAAAAGAGAAAUGUAGAAGUUUGUUACCUUAUGUUCGAGAUACAGGCAACAAAAUGAAUUGCAGUUCGUUCGAUGUGGAUAAUUUAAUUAAGCAUUUCCUUUGUUGCACGCCAAUAAAUACAGUGGAUAUACUUAUUUUGGGAGAAAAUAUUAAUUAUCUAGCUAACUUGGAAAAGCAACAGGAGAUUCUAGACAGAACGGUAAAUAGCGACUUGAUUAGAAAAUAUCCGAUUAAACAGUCUUACCAAAGAGCAUUUUUAAAAUGGCUUAUGAAGAAGAUUGAAGACGAAGGAGGUGAAAUCUGUGAUGAUAUUUAUACAACGUAUUGUAAUUUAAUAUCUUCUACUGCAGAAGAGUCUGUUCAUUAUCGGCAUUUUUUAAUGGAGAAUAAUUGCAUCAGUAUAAAAGAGAGUACAAAUAUUAUAUCGAAAGGUACAACAGGAUUAUGUAGUUGGCAGGGGGCUGUCGAGUUAUGUAAAUGGUGCUUAAAAAAUAAGCAUGAAUUUUAUGGAAAAGUUGUUUUAGAGCUUGGUUGUGGUGUUGGAUUAACAGGAUUAUCGGUUAUCAAAAUGUGUUCUCCGGGACAAUACAUAUUCACAGAUUGUCACAAAACUGUUCUUAAAAUGGUUUCUGAAAACGUUAUACUUAAUUUAUUGCAUAAUGAAAAGAAAAUAGAAUCAGAAUUAAAGCAUGAUAUGUUGAAAUUGCAAUUGAAAUACAAUUGUACAGAUGUUAAGAUAAUAGAAUUAAGAUGGGAAGAUAUUGAUAAUUAUAUAAACGAAAAAUGGAUUAUACCAGAUAUAAUUAUCGGGGCUGAUAUUUUAUACGACGUCAAUUCAUUUUCUGUAUUGAUAUUAGGAUUAAAAAAAUUUUUAUCCUUUGUUAACAGAUAUGCAAUUAUUGCAAUAACAGUUCGCAAUGAAAACACUAUUUCACAGUUUCUAUAUCAAUUAGGACAUUAUGAUCUUUCUUUUGAGGAAUAUGAUAUAUUAUUGCAAAUGACACAUAAAAAAUUAACAAAUACACCUAUUAAAAUAUUAAAAAUUUUUCAGAAAAGAUGUUAAUAGAUUCAUCAUUGAAAAUGAUCUUUUCAGAUAUUAGUCAAUUCACUGAAAAUUUGUUACAUAGGGAAACUUACUUACUUAAUAUUUGUUUUAUAUAUUCACAUUUCUAUAAAUAUAAAUUAUUUAUUAUAAAUGUAUUUAAAUAGCAUUUUACCAAUAAAAAAAAAUGUAUACAGUGAUAUAUAUAUAUAUAAGUA